GCAGCUGUCGCGCGGCUGCUGUAACUGAAGCUCGAGCUCCAAAGAACGGGUCAGGAUUAUACAACGAACUAACGACGAUACUUCAAUAACAAGACAGGCCUCAUCUCCACCAAUCAACUGUCUUUCGUACUGAAUUCCAUCCCUCUCUAUGCCGGGGAUGAAUGCACCAAUGAGGAGCUUGACCGGUAUGCCUGAUCGCAUGUUAUGUGCAGUGCUGGAGCAAUUUCAGCUUUACUUUUCCCGUUGAUCCACUCUCUCUAUAGCACAGCAAGCCCAAGCAUGCUGAAGCGGAAGCAGAGCUCGCGGGUUGAGGCCCAGCCCAUGACUGACUUUGGGCCCGACGAAACACUGACCGACAGUGCUGACAUCCUUUGGAUCAACAAACCAUGGGUUCAUUCUCUCCUACGGGCCUGUGCCAUAAUCAGUGUAAUUUCAGUUUGUAUGAACACACCUAUGACCUUUGAGCACUACCCACCACUGCAGUUUGUCACAUUCACCCUGGACACACUGCUCAUGUUCCUCUACACCGCAGAGAUGAUCGCCAAAAUGCAUAUCAGAGGUAUCAUCAAGGGAGAGAACUCCUACGUUAAAGACCGCUGGUGCAUGUUUGAUGGCUUCAUGGUGGUCUUUCUGUGGGUCUCCCUUGUGCUUCAGGUGUUUGAAAUAGCAGUGAUUGUCGACCAAAUGUCACCUUGGGGAAUGUUACGCAUUCCGAGGGCCCUCAUAAUGAUCCGAGCAUUCCGAAUCUACUUCCGAUUUGAGCUGCCACGUACCCGGAUAACCAACAUUCUUAAACGAUCGGGGGAGCAAAUCUGGAGUGUGUCCAUAUUUUUGCUCUUCUUCCUGCUUCUGUAUGGAAUCUUGGGGGUUCAGAUGUUUGGCACCUUCAACCAUCACUGUGUUACAAAUGAUACACAGAAAGGUAAUGUUACAUGGAACAGCCUGGCCAUCCCUGAUACACACUGCUCACCGUAUGGAGAGGGUUAUCAGUGUCCAGCUGGGUUUAAGUGUAUGGAUCUGGAAGAAGACUUGGGGCUCAGCAGACAGGAGCUUGGAUACAGUGGUUUCAACGAGCUUGGCACCAGUAUAUUCACGGUGUACGAGGCCGCGUCUCAGGAGGGUUGGGUCUUCAUCAUGUAUCGGGCCAUCGACAGCUUCCCACGCUGGCGCUCAUAUUUCUACUUCAUCACACUCAUUUUCUUCCUCGCCUGGCUGGUCAAGAACGUGUUUAUCGCUGUGAUCAUAGAAACCUUUGCUGAGAUCAGAGUGCAGUUCCAGCAGAUGUGGGGGUCCCGGAGCAGCACCACAUCAACAGCCACUACUCAGAUGUUUCACGAGGACGCGUCUGGAGGAUGGCAGCUUGUGGCGGUGGACGUGAAUAAACCGCAUGGCCGGGCACCUGCCUGCCUCCAGCAAUUGAUGCGUUCUUCAGUUUUCCACAUGUUUAUCCUCAGUAUGGUAGCCGUUGACGUGAUUGUAGCUGCUAGCAACUACCACAAAGGCGAGAACCAUAAACUCACCAACGAUGAGUUCUACAUGGCUGAGGUUGCGUUCACUGUGCUGUUUGAUCUAGAGGCUCUGCUGAAGAUCUGGUGUUUGGGCUUCGCUGGAUAUGUCAGUUCCUCUCUACACAAGUUUGAGUCACUGCUGGUAGUGGGAACCACCCUGCACAUCUACCCUGAUCUCUACCACUCCCAAUUCACCUAUUUCCAGCCUACCUGCGAGAUUGACGACACUGCCGCACCUCUGCCUACCAACACGACAGACGACAUACCGACAGAGGAGCCAUACCCAGGAUUUGAGUCUCAAGUUCAGCAAAUUCUAAAAGACGCUGACGCAAUUAACAACGAUGCAGAUCGACAAGAACUCAGACGAGUCCUUUACAAGUUCAAAGCAUCAUUUGCCAAAGACUCUUUAGAUUGUGGUCUCACCGAGCUCCACACCGUGCGCAUCCCAACGCACCCUAGUGCUCCUCCCACGUUUGUCAGGCAGUACAAGAUCCCCAUCGCGUCACACGAACCGGCAUUUAUGUCCAUGUUCCAGAUCCUCACGCAAGAGGGUUGGGUAGAUGUCAUGGACCAAACUCUGGUGGCAGUGGGACCCAUGUGGGCUCCAGUGGUGGCCAUAUACUUCAUUCUCUACCACCUGUUUGCCACACUGAUCCUUCUGAGUCUUUUUGUUGCUGUUAUUUUGGACAAUCUUGAGUUGGAUGAAGACCUGAAAAAGCUAAAACAGCUGAAACAAAGCGAAGCCAACGCUGAUACUAAAGAAAAGCUUCCACUGCGAUUACGGAUCUUUGAAAAGUUUCCCAAUCGACCACAGAUGGUGAAAAUCUCCAAGCUUCCUUCAGACUUCACUGUGCCUAGAAUCAGGGAGAGCUUCAUGAAGCAGUUCAUCGACCGACAGCAGCAAGACCCCAGCUGUCUAUUUCGCCGCCUUCCCUCAGCGUCAUCCUCAUCCUGCGACCAUUCCAAGAGAUCUGCAAUAGAGGAAAAUAAAUACAUAGAUCAUAAGCUGCGAAAGUCAAUAUUUAGCAUCCGAGCCCGUAACCUCAUGGAGAAGGAAACCACUGUCAAUAAAAUUCUACGAGCCUGCACCAGACAACGUAUGCUGAGUGGCUCCUUUGAGGGUCAGCCAACCAAAGAGAGAUCCAUUCUCAGUGUUCAGCACCACAUCCGCCAGGAACGCCGGUCCCUUAGACACGGCUCUACCAGCCAGAGAAUCAGCAGAGGGAAAUCCCUGGAGACUCUCACUCAGGAUCACUCCAGUACAGUCCGCUAUCGUAAUGCCCAGCGGGAGGACAGUGAAAUCAAGAUGAUCCAAGAGAAAAAGGAGCAGGCUGAGAUGAAACGAAAAGUACAAGAGGAGGAACUCCGGGAAAACCAUCCAUAUUUUGACAAGCCACUCUUCAUCGUUGGUAGAGAGCAUCGCUUCAGAAACUUUUGCCGAAUGAUUGUCCGAGCCCGUUUCAACGCGUCAAAAACGGAUCCCAUUACAGGCGCAGUGAAGAGCACAAAAUACCAUCAAUUAUAUGAUUUGCUGGGCUUGGUCACCUAUCUGGACUGGGUAAUGAUCGUGGUCACCAUCUGCUCUUGCAUUUCCAUGAUGUUUGAGUCCCCUUUUACUAGGGUCAUGCAUGUCCCUACCCUUCAGAUUGGAGAAUAUGUCUUUGUCAUCUUCAUGAGCAUUGAGCUGAACCUGAAGAUCAUGGCAGAUGGUCUGUUCUUCACUCCCACUGCAGUCAUCCGAGACUUCGGCGGUGUCAUGGACAUCUUCAUCUAUUUAGUCAGUCUGAUCUUUCUAUGCUGGCUGCCAAACAAUGUGCCUCCUGAGUCUGGUGCCCAGCUCCUCAUGAUGCUACGCUGCCUAAGGCCACUCCGUAUCUUUAAACUGGUGCCCCAGAUGAGAAAAGUGGUUCGCGAGGUCCUCAAGGGUUUCAAAGAGAUCUUCCUGGUGUCUAUUCUUCUCCUGACAUUAAUGCUGGUGUUUGCAACCUUUGGGGUACAACUCUUUGCUGGAAAACUUGCAAAAUGUAAUGAUCCUCAUAUCUCUGCUAAGGAGGACUGCCACGGCAUCUUUAGAAUCAACGUGAGCAUCUCAAAGAACCUGAAUUUAAAGCUCAGACCAGGGGAGAAGAAACCAGGAUUCUGGGUGCCAAGAGUUUGGGCAAACCCUCGUAACUUCAAUUUCGAUAAUGUGGGCAAUGCCAUGCUAGCUCUGUUUGAGGUGCUUUCACUAAAGGGUUGGGUGGAGGUGAGAGAUGUCAUCAUACACAGAGUGGGACCAAUUCAUGGCAUCUACAUACAUGUAUUUGUGUUCCUGGGCUGUAUGAUCGGGCUCACGCUAUUUGUUGGUGUUGUCAUAGCCAACUUUAAUGAAAAUAAGGGCACUGCUCUUCUGACAGUGGAUCAGAGGAGAUGGGAAGAUUUGAAAAGUCGACUGAAGAUUGCUCAACCCCUCCACCUCCCCCCACGACCAGAAAACGGUGGCUUCCGGGCAAAAAUGUACGACAUCACCCAGCAUCCUUUUUUCAAGCGAGGUAUUGCUGUACUGGUCUUAGCCCAGUCUGUCCUCCUGUCUGUUAAGUGGGACGUAGAUGACCCGGUUACCGUUCCCUUGGCCACCAUGUCUGUGGUCUUCACUUUCAUUUUUGUCCUGGAGGUGACUAUGAAGCUGAUAGCUAUGUCACCAGCAGGAUACUGGCAGAGCAGGAGAAACAGAUACGACCUACUCGUCACGUCCCUGGGAGUCAUAUGGAUCAUUCUCCACUUUGCUCUACAGAAUGCUUACACUUACAUGAUGGGCACUUGUGUGAUAGUUUUCAGGUUUUUCACCAUAUGUGGGAAGCAUGUGACACUAAAGAUGCUUUUGCUAACUGUGGUUGUCAGUAUGUACAAGAGUUUCUUUAUCAUUGUGGGGAUGUUCUUGCUGUUGCUGUGCUAUGCUUUCGCCGGCGUGGUCCUUUUCGGAACUGUCAAAUACGGCGAGAACAUUAACAGGCAUGCAAACUUCUCUACUGCGGGGAAAGCCAUCACUGUACUUUUUCGAAUAGUCACAGGUGAAGACUGGAACAAGAUCAUGCAUGACUGCAUGGUACAGCCACCGUUCUGCACCCCAGACAAACAUCGCUACUGGGAGACAGACUGUGGCAACUACGCUGGUGCCCUCAUCUACUUUUGCUCCUUUUACGUUAUCAUCGCUUACAUCAUGCUCAACCUUCUCGUGGCUAUCAUUGUGGAGAACUUCUCUUUGUUCUACUCCACUGAGGAGGACCAGUUGCUAAGCUACAAUGACCUGCGUCAUUUCCAGAUUAUUUGGAACAUGGUGGAUGACAAGCGGGAGGGAGUGAUCCCGACCUCUCGAGUGAAGUUCCUGCUGCGUCUGCUGAGGGGUCGUCUGGAGGUUGACCUGGAUAAAGAUAAGCUUCUUUUCAAACACAUGUGUUAUGAGAUGGAGCGUCUGCACAAUGGAGGAGAUGUCACUUUCCAUGAUGUACUGAGCAUGCUGUCAUACCGUUCGGUCGAUAUCCGGAAGAGUCUUCAGCUGGAGGAGCUAUUAGCACGAGAGCAGCUUGAGUACACUAUAGAGGAGGAGGUGGCCAAACAAACCAUCCGCAUGUGGUUAAAGAAGUGCCUGAAACGCAUACGAGCUAAGCAGCAGCAGUCAUGUAGCAUCAUACUCAGUCUGAGAGAGAGCCAACAGCAGGAUCUGCGACGCCUGCUCAACCCUCCCAGCAUUGAGACUACUGUCCCCAGUGAGGACACCAAUGCUCAUAACCAGGACAAUCCCACCCAGCCAGAGAACAGUAGCCUGCAAACCCUACUGAGCCCCACCCUGUCAGACCGCAGUAGCUACAGACAGGACUCUGCUGACCGACCUCAGAGAAAGCUGGGACAGUGGCGACUACCUGCAGGGCGCACAAGUGUGAAGUCCAUGGUGUGCAAGAUGAACCCUGUGAAUGACGAGGCCUACUCAGGGUCUGAAGUCAAAAAGUGGUGGACUCGUCAACUGACUGUGGAAAGUGAUGAAAGUGGAGAUGACCUCAUUAAUAUUUGAAGCAGAACAGCACACACACACAAUUUAUGCAGACAGUGCAGCCCCUGGCUUUUCCAGAUUAUCCUUCUUAAAAAAGAUUUUUCAGCAACAUGUUUUGUAUUUGCUUAGAUGGGGUAAGCCAUGAUACAUUGUAUUAGCUCCAAGUAGGUAUUUAUUUGCUGCUUGAAGUCCCAUCUGUACCCAUUCAAGAUCGUAGACAGCCCGUUGAAAGACGUUAAUCGUUUUUCAGUCAUUAGCUCUACAUUUUGUGAAUGAAAAGUCAUAUAUUCAGUAAUUAUGAAAGAUGCAGCUGUUAUGUGACCUCAGGAAGUUUAUUGUAAUGUAAGAUAAUCAAAUUCUGCAAUAUAGAUAUAAUUGUUAAGGAAAUGCACAUAGCUUGAUAUGAUGAACCUAACAAAAGCCAUACAAUUCUCUAUGUGUCAAUGUCUUUUGUUUGGCUACCAUAAUUGUCUUACAUUACAUAGGGGUAUUAUUAUGUUUGUUUGUCAAGUUUGUCACAAUUAUCCUGUGAUGUGAUACAGUGGGCUCACAUUUAAUAACAUGCAAAAACUUGCAGAUAUUAUGGCAAGAUAGUGAAUGGGACAGUAUUAUGUGUUUAAGUGACUGUGAUUUUUCUAAGAAUAUAAGUGUUAUAAUAAAGAUACAUAAGUUAAGUUAUAAGAUUAGAAAUAACAAAUAUUGAAAUAAUAUACUUAAUAUAUUUUGUAAAGGAAAAUUGCAGCAAUUUAUAUUUAAUGUGUGCUUUUAAAUUAAAAGUGAUAU